AUGACCCGUGCCCCUUUUGAAAAGCCCAUGCCUAUACCAGAUGACCUCAAUCCCUCUACUCACCGACCUACGUGGUACGGAACACCCUCUGGUAUACAGAUCGUUGACUUUCUUGCUGGGCAGACUCACAUGUACCCUCCGUCGUACAUCAAACUACUGUCGUCGCGCACCACAGUCCCGUACAUUCACCAGCCGUCCGAGCCUGGUGCCGACCCGAGACUGAUCAUCCUCGCUUCCGACGAUGACACUUCGCGACCCAAGUCGUCCCGGGGGCGGCCCGUCGACGAGACGUAUUCGUCGUUCGACUCCAAGCGGCAGUUCAUGACCACGCACGGAAUCACAUGCAGCGUCAUCAGCCUCGCAAACCCGUGGCUGGACUUCGUCGAGCCGUCGUCCGCGCUCUCGACGGCCCAAGAGAUCAACGACGACCUCGAAAGGGCCUGUGCCGAGAACAACUCUUCCCCGGCGAGCAAGGACGUCAAGCUGUACGCGUUCGGCUGUCUCCCGUUGUCCGCGCCGGCAAAGGACGUCGUGUCCGAGAUCCAGCGCCUCAAGACCCUCCGGCACGUCAAGGGCGUCAUCAUGGGCACGACGGGCUUGGGCAACGGCCUGGACGACCCGGCCCUGGACGACAUCUACGCCGCGCUCGCAAGCACGUCGACGCUGGUGUUUUUGCACCCGCACUACGGACUGCCCGACUCUGCGUUCGGCGGCCCCGAAGUCGUCGCACAGUUCGGCCACGUGCUCCCUCUCGCCCUCGGGUUCCCUCUCGAGACCACAAUCGCCGUGUCGAGGAUGUACCUCUCCGGCGUCUUCGACCGCCACGCCAAGCUCGAGUUCCUGCUGGCGCACUCCGGCGGCACCCUGCCGUUCCUGGCCGGCCGGAUCGAAUCGUGCGUGGCGCACGAGCGCGAAUUCAUCGCGAACGGCGGGCACAGGCAGGGGCCCCAGCGGUCGAUCUGGGACGUCUUGCAGUCCAACAUCUACCUCGACGCGGUCAUCUACGGGCAGCCUGGGCUCAAGGCCGCGAUCGAGGCCGCCGGGAGCGUGGAUCGCGUCAUGUUCGGCACCGAUCACCCUUUCUUUCCACCGCUGGGAGACGAGGAGGACGCCAAGUGGCUGAGUGUGGAGAGUAACAAGGUCGCCAUAGGCGGAUGUUUUCCUCAAGACCAAGAUGCCAGGAGGAAGAUCCUGGGUGGAAACGCAGUGAGAGUACUCGGGCUGGAUGUAUGA